ACCGCAGCAGCAAAAAGGCGUUUCUUCCCUCUUACUGCUCCUCCCAUCUGGAUCAUAGAUGUGGUACGCGCCAAAAUGGCAGCGUUCAUAUUUCAGCGUGGGUUACUGCAGAGCCGGACUACCGUGAAAAAUUGGGCGGCGACAGGUAAAAGAGGUAUUCUUUCAGCAGUAUAUGUGGACAGUACAAUAUGGGAACAAAGAAAAAAGGAAGAACACAGCCUGGCCGAUUUAGCCAAUUUGAUGGACAGAACCUAUGAAAAAAACCUACCGGUCAGCUCUUUAACAUUAUCUCGGUUUAUAGAUACCAUUUCUUCACGUGAGCAUGUGGAUCAAACUGAAUAUUAUCUAUACAAGUUUCGUCACAGCCCUAAUUGCUUUUAUUUAAGAGACUGGAUCAUCCACAGCUGGAUAAGGAAGUGCCUUAAGUUCGGUGCACAGGAUAAAGCUUUGUAUACUGUACAAAACAAGGUACAGUUUGGAAUAAUUCCAGAUAGUUUUACCUUCAAUAUAUUAUUGGAUUCUUUUAUAAAAGAUGAGAACUAUGAAAAUGCUAUGGCUGCAGUGACUGAGAUAAUGAUACAGGAAGAUUUCAGUAAGGUGUCCACCCAACUUCUCUCUCUUUAUACUAUGUACAAAUAUUUGGCAACCAAAUCAGAACUUACGUGGGAAGAAGAGAAAAACCUUGGAGCAUCUCUGUUCUUAGUGGGCCUCAAGCAGACUAACACUGUAGGACUUAGUUCUCAGCUAUAUGGCCUUGCCCUUCUUGGUAAAGUGGAGCUACAGAAAGGAUUGCGAGCUGUUUACCACCUAAUGCCGCUCAUGUGGACCCCGGGAUAUCUGAACAGAGCCUUGAAAGUAAUGGAGGAUGUGGCCUUACUUCCUGAAGAUGUGAAGCUUUGCCAGGAAGCAGUUGAUGUUCUGGGAGACAUUUUGCACCUAGCACCUGAGCCCAAGGUUUCUCCAGAAGAUUCCAAGGAUUCAGAAGAUGCACCAAAGCAGACACCGCCAGAAGAAAAUGAGGUGCUUCGACUGCCUGAAUAUCUAAAGCAUUUUAAGGAGCUGAAUUCUAAACUCCACUCUCUUGGCAAGGUGGAAUCUAGGAAGCUGUUAACUCUGACUACUCAACUUGUUGAGGAAAAGCUACAGGCAUCUGAAGAGGAAGACGUUGCAAAAUACAAAGAGAAACUUGAGGAGUGGGAAAAAGAGCGAACGAUGCUGGUUGAAAGGGAGCAAGAAAUGAAAGAAAAAGCUAAGGAAAUGAUGGAAAUGAAAAAAAAAGCAAAUGCAGCCACAUGAUGCUUUUGCUGAUAGACUUCCAUUAUGCCUUAGGUUGUCUUGGCAAUAAACAGAAUCUCAUCCUGUCUAGUACCUUCUACAGACUUGGCUCUCCACGCAUUAAAUCUUUACACAAUCCAGGCUAUAUGUCAUCCCCUUCUCUAAAAUCUAUUAUUAUUGCUGUUCUUCUGAAAGUAUACAUUACCUCUGUUGUGUCUGAGAACAAAAGUCUGUCAUUUAAUCAAAUGGUUCCUUUAAAAAAUGUUGGGGUGAGAUAGUACAUUUAGAAGAAUCAUUGUCAUCAUCAGCACACGCUGUUUUUCAUGACAGUUACUGUCAAGAAUUGCUGGUGGUUUUGAAAUCAGAGAAAACAAUAAAUAAAUGUAAUUUGAAUGUGUCCAUGUGUUCAUACGUGUUUUGUUGUUUCUUGAUCAAAGCAGUUUCCCAACUUU